AUGACCACGCCAGAGACGUCGCGGGAGCCCUGCCCGGACCGCAUCCUCGACGACAUCGGCGGCGCUUUCGGAAUGGGCGCCGUAGGAGGCUCCCUCUUCCACUUCGUCAAGGGCCUCUACAACUCCCCCAACGGCCACCGCCUCGCGGGCGGCGCCACGUCCGCGCGCAUGCUCGCGCCUCGCCUCGGCGGCAGCUUCGCCGUCUGGGGCGGCCUCUUCUCCACCUUCGACUGCGCCCUCGUCUACGCCCGCGCCAAGGAGGACCCCUGGAACUCCAUCGCCGCCGGCGCCGCCACGGGUGGCCUGCUCGCCGUGCGACAGGGCCUCCCCGCUUCCGGCAGGUCCGCACUCGUUGGCGGCGCCCUCCUCGCGCUCAUCGAGGGUGCCGGGAUCAUGCUCAACCGCAUUGGGAUGGCCCCGCCUCCGGAGGACCUGCAGUACCCCGGACAGGAUCCCGGCCAGUAUGCACCACCACCUGGUUUCCUGGGAGUGCCCCCGGCGCCGCCGAUCGAUGUUCAGGAGGUCCCGGUCACUGAGUCUGGCGGCCCGACUGGAUGGUUUGGCGGUUGGUUCGGGAAGAAGCAGCAGGACACAGUUGCUGCUGGCGAUCGCAACAAGUCGGAGGUGUUGGAUGAGAUGGAUUUGCCAAGGACGGCCGUUCCCUCCUCCGACUACAAGUGAAAAAAGGUCAGAUUAUCCUACUACUUCUAAGGAGGGGCGUCAGAAGUUUUUGUGAUGACUCCUUAGGCGGCCUGGCGACAGUAGAAUUAUAGAGCAAAAUAAAGCGGAGUUCCUUGAGUUCCAGGACUCAGUUUUAUCUGACAAAAUUCACUAAUGGGCUUCUAAAUUGGGUAGUACAAGCUCGCGAGCUUUUGCUUAGUAUACUGUACUGUGUCGUGUGCAAAGCACUUCAUUCCAUGUUUUGGUAUAUGAAGUGGUUCUGUUUUGAAGUGCGAGAAAGAGAUCCACGUGCCUUUGAGAGAUGGCAAAAACUGCUAUGUACGUAUUUACAGUGUUUAGAACAUUGGAUUAGAGGCAUAACCGAGUAGUACUCGCUUAGGGUGGGUGAACGGUGAAGGCCGUGUGUGGCAGAGCUUUGAGAGCUCAUUACCUGCUAAAUCUAGGAGGAGCUCUGUCAAACAAUUUUUUUUAGAGAAAAGUGAUUUUCUCCCGGUUUGUGAAGUGAUUAUCUAAAA